AUGGUGGUGAUGGAGUUUGAUGAAAGCCUAAGCCGAACAAGCUGGGCAUCAAGCUUUUGGCAGAGCUUUUUCAGGGAGGAAGCCGAUAAAGCACUUCAGAUUGCAAACGAGGCACUGGAAAAAGCACGGGAUGCAACUGGAAGGGCGUCGGCCCAUAAUGCCAUUGCUCGCGCUCACUUGCUAGCUCGGGAGUUUCUCAAAGCUGAAGAGGCUGCCCAGCAGGGAGUCGAAGCUGCUCGCGGAGCCAAGGACUCCUCGGAUGUGAUGGCUCACUGCGUGGCCGCCAAGGUGUGCCUGGCUCGAUUCCGACAUGAUGACGCCCACCAAGAAGCAGAAGCUGCAAGCUCAUUAGCACAGCAGAAGGGCAAGUCCGUGCAAGCGGCGGCACUGACAACUCGCGCCCAGGUUUGCCUCGCCAGAGAAAAGAAGCAAGAGGCUGGCAAGGUUGCGAGACAAGCCGUGGCUUUGUUCAGGGAGUGUGGAGAAAAAAGUGGCGAGGCAAUGGCCCUGGAGGUUGUGGCGCAGGCCUGUAUAGCAGCGAAAAAGCGCAGCGAGGCACUGAAAGCUGCAAACGAGGCCCUGGCGUUUUAUCAAGGGAGCGGCUCCGAUGCCGAGUCCAGGUUGCUUAUCUUGGUUGCAAAGACCAUGCAGGCCACUGAAGAUUCUGGGGCUCAGGAGAUGGCUCAGCAAGCAGUUGCUAUCUUUGAGAAGACUGACGACCGACAGAUGCAGGGCAUCGCCUUGAAGCAGCUUGCUGAAAUCUGCUUCGCAGGACAGGACAACAUUGACGGUUGGCAGUAUACAAAGGAAGCCCUCGAAUGCUUUCGUGAAGUAGGCCACAAGAGCGGCGAGGCUGCAACGUUGUGCCAAAUCGCAUCGGCACACGUGGACAACGGAGCUUGUGAGGAGGCUCUCCGAAUUGCGGAGGAAGCCGUGACCAUUUGCCGGGAGAAAAACUUCAGGACGCAAUUGGGAACGACCCUUAACAUUAUCGCCAGCGCGUACGUGGCUCAACUGCCAACAGCGCGCAGUGAUCAGCAGGAGCAGCAGAUCAACUGGAAAGCCCGAUUAGCUGGCAAAGAAGCCUUAGCAAUCCUUCAGAGUGUUGGUGAUCGUGUUGGGGAAGCGCAGACGCUGAAGAGCCUGGCAUCUGCCUUCCUGAACUACGGGAACGCGGCCGAGGCACGUGCAAGGGCGAAGCUUGCAGUGGACAUCGGCAAGGAGAUUGGUAACAAGCGGAUUGAAGGCGAAAACCUUCUGUUGGUUGCGCAAUCAAAGAUUCAUGAGAACAAGGAAGAAGGGGCACGUCUUGCAAGACUCUCGGAGAAGUUGUUGAGAGAAGCAGGAGCGCCGUCCGCUGCAAGAGGUGCGGGCGACGUAUAUGACUUCAUCCGGGACUACGGGGUCCAACGCAAGGAGACGAAGAAAGACCGGCCGAAGCAGGAAGCAGACGUCAAGACAGACAUCACCGUUGACAUUGAGGAAGGAAAGCACCGUCUUGGAUAUUUCCAUGGCUUCACAGCUCGUGCUGUCCGCCCUCGUGCAUAG